AUCUUCGAAGAAGCCUGCCAACAUACACUCACACUCACAGCACAGAGGCAGAGCUCUCCUCAACCUUCUCUGUCAGCGCGUCUCGCCGGCCUCCAUCUCGUCGCCGCCGCUCGCCGGCCCCUCUGCGUCACCGCGCCGUCUCGUUGCUCGCCCUCACUGCUCGCUGCUUCCUCCAUCUCUACUCGCCCUCUGCCCUAUUCUCUUGUCUCCUCUGCCUCCCUCUUCUCUUCUCUGGCUCGGUUCUCUCCCUCUGCGUGCGGCUAAGGCCCACAUAUAGACAUUCCAAACACCCUAUCAGUGUGCCUGUACAAUGUGGGCAGCCCUACAAGCUCGAGCAUCGGUUUCGUCGUGGUGGCUUUCUUCACGGCAAUGGAAGCUAGCAUUUUCGUCUUCCUCUUCUGCCGUUGAUGCCGUUGGAAAAUGCACCCUUGAUCUUCACGAGAUUGAGAAGGUUCUAACGGAUGUUAAAGCUGACGACGUUAAGGUUAUACCAUCUCCCAAGCACUGUGAUUGGGCUGAUUUCAUGGUUCUAGCAACCGGCAGGUCCACGUGGCAUGUCAAGAACAUCGCUCAAGCUCUAAUUUACAAGGCUAAGCAGAAGCAAAAAGGUGCAGACCGAAUGAUGCUACCUAGUGUGGAAGGUCAAGCAGGAGGAAAGUGGAUUGUAAUUGACUCUGGUAAAGUGAUAGUUCAUGCACUUGAUGAAAAGGCUAGAGCUUACUACAAUUUGGAAGGACUUUGGACAAGCCCAGAGAGAUUGCGAAACGAACCUAUUGAGGAUUUACAUUUACAAAAUGCUUUGGUGAAGAUUCGCCGGAAAAAUAACUCGAAGAAACCUGCACAAAGGAAUGCUUAAUCUUAAGAUGCAAGGGUGCUCCAAAUAACACAUCUCAAUUUCUUGUUUAAGGCUUCACAUUAGAUGUAACAUGUAAGCGACAAUAUUCGAAGUUGUAACAUGUUGCUCUAUUUGCUUGUGUGUCAAGUACUGCACACCAAUCUUAAGUUUUCAUGUUAACCAAAGUUAAAAGGUCACAAGUGUUAUGCGGAAGGCACAUAACUUUAGUUUAGUGUAUUACCAGAUUGGUGCAACCAUUGCAGUCAUAUUCAUGUGAAUUACAGUUGCACCAAAUGUUACAACACAAAGGGACUUUAAUCCUAUUUGCUUAAUCAUCAUGGGAUAAAUGAAAUUCCUGUCAAAUAGUAAUAAUAAUAU